UAAAGGGGCGAGAGCGUCGACCCAGUAGCCCGCGGCUGGUUGCCGAGGCGCGGGCAGCGUGGGAACCGGCGGCAGGAUGUGUGACCGGAAUGGCGGGCGUCGGCUCCGGCAGUGGCUGAUCGAGCAGAUUGACAGCAGUAUGUACCCGGGGCUGAUAUGGGAAAACGACGAGAAGACUAUGUUCCGUAUCCCUUGGAAGCAUGCCGGCAAGCAGGAUUACAAUCAGGAAGUGGAUGCUUCUAUCUUCAAGGCCUGGGCAGUUUUUAAAGGGAAGUUUAAAGAGGGGGACAAAGCUGAGCCAGCCACGUGGAAGACGAGGUUACGCUGUGCUUUGAACAAGAGCCCAGAUUUUGAGGAAGUGACUGAUCGAUCCCAGCUGGACAUUUCCGAGCCAUAUAAAGUUUACCGAAUUGUCCCCGAGGAAGAGCAAAAAUGCAAGCUGGGCGUGGCGCCGGCCGGCUGUAUGAGCGAUGUCACGGAGAUGGAGUGUGGGCGCUCUGAGAUAGAGGAGCUGAUCAAGGAGCCUUCUGUAGAUGAAUACAUGGGUCUGACUAAAAGGAGCCCAUCCCCACCAGAGGCUGGCAGGAGCCAGGUCCUCCCUGACUGGUGGGUCCAGCAGCCCAAUGCAGGCCUACCCCUGGUGACCGGGUAUGCCACCUAUGACGCACAUCACUCAGCCUUCUCCCAGAUGCUGAUCAGCUUCUACUAUGGGGGCAAGCCGGUGGGCCAGGCUACCACCACCUGCCCCGAGGGCUGCCGUCUAUCCCUGAGCCAGCCGGGCCUUUCCAAAUUGUAUGCGCCCGAUGGCCUGGAGCUGGUGUGCUUCCCUACAGCUGACACCAUCCCCAGCGAGCGGCAGAGGCAGGUGACCCGGAAGUUGUUUGGGCACCUGGAGCGUGGUGUGCUCCUGCAUAGCAACCAUAAGGGUGUGUUUGUGAAACGGCUGUGCCAGGGCCGCGUGUUCUACAGUGGCAACGCGGUGGUGUGCAAGGGCAGGCCCAACAAGCUGGAGCGGGAUGAGGUGGUGCAAGUCUUUGACACCAACAAGUUCUUCAGAGAACUGCAUCAAUUCUACAAUGCCCAGAGUCGUCUUCCUGAUAGCAGGGUGGUGCUGUGCUUCGGGGAGGAGUUUCCAGAUACAGCGCCCUUGCGCUCCAAACUCAUUCUGGUGCAGGUGGAGCAGCUGUAUGUCAGGCAGCUGGUGGAGGAUGCGGGCAAGAACUGUGGUGCUGCUUCCCUGGUGCCAGCCCUGGAGGAGCCCCAGCUAGACCAGACCUUCCGGAUGUUUCCAGACAUCUGUGCCUCACACCAGAGACCCUUUUUCAGAGAAAACCAACAGAUCACCGUCUAAGCCUCUCCCCGGGCCAUCCCACCUCACCUGAGGCUCAAGCUUCACGAUUCUGUGACUGAGAGGAUUCUGAAAGGAUGUGGACCCCUCUGACUAGGGUGGGCGGUGUCCUCCGUGGGGUCUCCAGAAGCACAGACAUGGACACGCUCCUGCUCAGGCAGACAUCGGAAGCUUGCAGGGGCUGUGGCCAGAACCUGUGAUUAAAACGUUUGUUUCCUGAAUUUUCCCCUUUACCAUUAAUGGUUAUUCUUUCUGCAUGUUGAAGUCACUAUGACAGUUUAAAAAAGUCUGUGCCAAUAGGGACUCCUUUGUCCUCCUUGGCCGAAGGUAGAGAUUUAUGACUUCCUGUGCUUGCCUCUACAUAAGCCAUCUUUUUACUGUUCAGCCCUUUUCUAUUUGUUUUUGGCCAGAAGGCUGAGAAAAUAAGUUGAUGCAUUUUUUUUAAAGAAACUUUUAUAAUGAGAUGGUCCAGGUAACCGCUGUCUCCUUUUUAAAUGGUUUUCAUUUUUUAAACAAUAUUUUUGUUUUGCAUGACCUACUGCCAACCACCUUGGACCUUUCCUGUAAAAUGGGCAGAUAAUAUAAAUGAGUGUAGAUAUUGCUUGUGAGUUUCAUAUGAAUUUUGGUUGUGGCUCAUCGGUUCACAUGACUCUGUAUGAACUGGCAGUGGUUUAUGUGGGGCGUGGUCGGACCAGGAACUGUGGAGGGGACCCACCCAUAGACAUCUCAUCCUUCCAUUGUACCACUCCACAUCUAGUCAAUCCUAAGACCCAGUGAAAAGCAAUAUCCAAAUUUUGCUCUAGGCUUAGAAGUGCCCACCCAUGUGCCGGAGGAAAGGCACUUAUCUUCCAUAUCACAGAGCAGAAUGUCCACCUGUAACAUGUUGAACAGAAGCCAGGGUGGAAACCUUAGGGCGCGGCUCGGUGACUGAGGCCCGUUUGUGCCCCCAGGCUGGCUGUCCGGUCUAGUUCUAGUAUGUAAGUAAUUUAAAUCCCUGGCUGUGGCGUCACAGGGACGCCUCCAGAACCGCUUCCUGUAGGAGUGAGCCACUGCCAAGGAUUUAGUUUGGCUACCAGGGCGUAACAGGUGCAGAUGCCAAGCAGAGGUGGUGUAGGGAGCAUCCUCUCCCUUCCAGAGACCUCCUCGAUUCAUUCUCCUUUGUGACCAUCCUGGAUCUCUCCUAAUGUGCCAGCGUUCCACAGAGAAGGGCAGGGGAAGCUUUACCCUGUUGACUAUUGUUCUGAGAAGUAGGGGAAGCAUGAGGGUUUGGAAGACAGUCCCAGCCAAUGAGGGGCUCGACAGGCCACGCCUUACAACCAGAAAAGUCAGAGAACAUGGAGAACAUCAUGGCUGCUGUGUGAAGGUGGGCCGGCUCAACAGAUACCGUCGCCAGAGUAUGGGACACCUGCAAACAGAACCCGGGGCUUGCUUCUCCCCCUCGGUCAAAGCCAGGACAGUCUGUCUGCUGGCCAUGUGUCACAUGUCACCCACCUCCUGUCUCAGGGAGUGCUAACACACAAAUAUGUAAUCCAAAUAUUUAUUUUUGUAUCCACUUGAAAAGUAUUGAUCUCAUCCUUUAUUAAAGUAAAUUACUCUUUCAUAAAA